CUGGAGAGCAAUUAAGAAGGGUUUGACGUUGUCAAAGUGAGACAUGGAUGUCCCCGACACUGGCCUGUCGUAAUAAGACUCCAUGGCAGUCUUACAAUGGGUUGCUUCUUCGCCGAUAAAAGCUUGGAAGCAAUUUAUGAAGCUUCGUUAGCAAGGAGAAGCGCAGGACUGUCAGUAUGGGUCAACAAUAUCAUGGCAAUUGCUUGGAUUUCGUGUAUCCCCAAACUGCUUUUCUAUUCUAUUACUCCGAGAAGAGCCGUUAUAAUAUUGAUCUGGCUCAACAUGGCCAUUUACCACUGUUUGUGCGCAUCAGCCUUGAAGAAGGAAACGAGGCUCUUGAGACACGAGACAAUGAAGAUCUCUUGCGUCAUUGCCAAUGCUGUGGCUGGCAUGGUCUGCAUACUGCUCCUCAAACGCGACGAAAUAGGCCAGGCUGUGCAUCUAUUUGACCACAUCACAGAUAUGGAUCCUGAGAAUAUUCACAUUCCGGAUGGCUCCAUCUCAGAGUCUGAAGUACUGAGGACAAGCCGGGACAGUCGCACUCACAUGGUCUACCUGGACCGAGUGACGCGCCUGGACGCUGCCAGCGAUUUCUUUGGCGAGCAGCAUGUGCCUCGUCGCGCCCUCACCAUGGGCAUCUCGACCAUCCUCAAUGCGCGGCGCAUACUGCUCAUGGCAUUUGGCGAGAACAAGGCUGACAUUGCUGCUCGGGCUGUUGAGGGGCCUGUCACCAGCAAAGUCCCGGCAUCUUUCCUGCAGGAGCACCCAAACGCCACUGUCUUCCUGGACAUUGCAUCAUCAUCUGGGCUCACUCAGACACAGAAGCCCUGGGUGCUAGGCUCUGUCUGCUGGAACGAGCUGCUGGUGCAUGUGGCAUAUCAGACAUCAGGCUGCAUAGCUGUGCAUGACCAUGAUGCGCUGCGCCACCUGGACUUUGUUGAGCGCUUGGCCAGCACCACUGGACCAGGCGCUGCUCAGGCCCGCAAAACGCAUGCAGAGAUCAAGUCCUUUGUCGCCAAGAAGAAGUCAGGAGAGGUAGAUACCCCACGGCUGCAGCAGGUCAAGACUCUGAUAAGGUACACAGAGGCCACCAGUGCGGCUGGCGUCUGCGGUGUCCCUGGAGAGCGUGCUCACUUCCUGGACAUGCCCUUCUAUGAGACUGGCACGGUAGCAAAGAAGGAGCUUUGCGAUGAAGACAUCCGCCUGAUCGUGGAGCUGUUUCAGAGGGUGCAUCCCCAGCAGAUAUAUGCUGCUGGCGACCUGUCGGAUCCCCAUGGGACGCACCGCACUUGCCUGAAGGCAGUUCUCCAGGCCGUGGAUGAGGUGAAGGCGCAGGCUUGGUUCCAGGGGACAGAGGUCUUCCUCUACCGCGGCGCAUGGCAGGUGGAGGCCAUCUUCAGGCACGAGUCGCAGAAGGACCGCGCACUGUUCCCAGGUGCAGAUGACAGGGAGUUCUGGCAGCGGGCCAAGGAUCGCAACAAGGCAACUGCAGGCCUGUACAACAAGCUGGGGCUCCCAGAGUAUGAAGCUAUGGAGGCCUUUGUGCGCUACGAUCCCUUCAAGCCCUCGCACCUCUUCAGGAAGGCUGCCAAAGCGUGCCAUGCACAUGCUGGCAAUCAGGCAUGCUAG